UUUUGCAAUGUUUCUACACCGUAAAUUCAUGUACAAAAUUUUUAAACAAAUGAAAUCUUCAUAAAUUAUUCUGAAACAAAUAUUGACAAUUCAAAAUUCAAGACACGAAAUCCUAUUUAGCGCCGACAACGAUACUAGCGCUAUAAACGGCACGUUAUUUGUAUUUCAAAAAAUUUCGUUACAGCUGUUCAUUAUCUUUUAUUCGAAGUGUGUGUGAUUUUAGCGAUGACUAUGAACAAGAUAUGAACUACAAAUACAAGCGGAGAAUGUUGUCUAUCCACCAUAUGUCUAUCGUAUAAGCUUGUUUGGUUAUUUCCAUCUCACGCGUACAUAACAAUUGGAUUCGAUUAAAUAUUUAAUUAAUAGUUAUUUAAAAAUAUAAAGCAAACCCUUCGAUGCUCUUUCUUACGAGCAAAUAUUUUAAAUAUUAUAAGAAAAUCAUGCACAGUUUCAGCUUGUAAUCCAAAGACCAUCCAUAACCUAAUGUUUUGUCACUCAUUCUUUAUUAGAACUCGAAUAUAACGAUUCUUUAUUAUUUCCAUGCGACAAAAAUAUUUCAAACUAAACAGUAAAAUAUUUAAAAUUUUAAAUAAUUAUAAAUGUGUUUAAACAAGAAGAUCCUAUCCUAAUAAAUCAAUCAAAAAUAAAAAACCAUUCACAAGUAAAUUUUCGAAGAAAUUUUCUUAUAUUACACAUCCUAAAAACAUUAGCAUCACUGGUUCACUCGUAUGUGGAAGAGUGAAUCCUUAACUUUGAUUGGAAAUGCAAAAUAUAAAUAAAUUAAAUUUUUAUAAUUAAUAUACAAUAUAGAUAUAUAUUGGGUUUCAAAUAAAUAUUAUUUUUAUGUAAUUUAUAAAAAUGGCCGAAGUUCCAUUGAGCUUAGGAGAAAAAACGUUUAUUCUUCAUGGAGUUGAUGCAGAUUUUAGAAAUGAUGGAAGAAAAAGAUAUGAAUAUCGAUCAUUCGAAAUUGAAACCAAUUUGAUGCAACAAACGCAUGGUUCAUCAAGAUUACGAAUAGGAAAUACUGACAUUUUAGUUGGUGUUAAAGUAGAAAUUGAUUCACCAUAUAUUGAUCGACCAUGUGAAGGAAAAUUAGAAUUUUUUGUAGAUUGUUCAGCCAAUGCUACCCCAGAAUUUGAAGGUAAAGGUGGAGAUGAUCUAGCAAUGGAAAUAAGUAACAUUUUGUCAUUAUCUUAUCAAACUCCAGGUGCAUUUAACUUAAAAGAUUUAUGUAUUUUACCAUAUAAAAAAUGUUGGAAAAUGUUUGUUGAUAUUUUGAUAUUACAAUGUGGAGGGAAUCUUUUUGAUGCUGUAGGUAUAGCUGUAAAAGCUGCUUUAUAUAGUACAGAAAUACCAAGAGUAACUGCUGCAUCUCUUGAUGGUGGAGAAGCAGAUAUACAAAUAUCAGAUGAUCCUUUUGAUUGUAUCAAAUUAGAUAUUACAAAUUAUCCAGUUAUUGUCACUUUGUGUAAAAUAGGAGAAAAUUGUGUAAUAGAUCCUACUUCAGAAGAAGAAAUGUGUAGUCCAGCAAGUACAAUUAUAUCUAUAAUGCCAAAUGGUAAUAUAACAUCAAUUGUCAAAAUAGGAUAUGGUAGUAUGCAAGAUACUAUAUUACUUAAAAUGCUAGAGAUGGGUAAAACUAUUGCACUUGCAUUAAAUGAUGCUCUUAUGAAUGCAUUAAAGAAAGAAACAGAACUUGGACCAACGAAACCUAUAGUUGGAUUUCUCAGAUGAAAAAUACAACAUACUAAUUUUAAUGUACAUAAAUUUUAAUGAAAAUUGUAUAAAUGAUUAAAAAAAAAAAAAAAGUAUAGAACAUUAUUUUAUAUAUAACCUUUUAUUUUUUCGAAUUUUCAUAUAUUUUACAAAAAUUUGAAUACUAUAUUCUUUCUCUUUCUCUCUCUCUUUAUUUCUUUCGUAUAUAUAGUUCAUUAUAUCUUCAAUACAUGAGUAUUCUCUUGAAUAUACGUUCGAAACAAACUUGUUAAACCUAGAAAUCCAUUCGUUGAAAGUUUGAAUGUUUCACCAAUCGCCAUAAGGAUAGAAGAGCAAAUAUUAUUUCUGUCAUGAAAACGAACAAAAGAAUCUGCUGCGAUAUUGCCAUAAAGUUAGAAAAGUGGUUAAG